GUGAACUUCAGGAACUUCACAUCGUGGGAUCCCAGGCGCAGGCGAUCGCUCCGGGUGAGGACAGGCGGCGCAGUGUGCAUGGGAUCCGGGAUCUAUGGAGCUUCACACCUAGUGGAUUAUAGUAGAUCCUGGAGAGAAUAGAUCGACCCGGCAGGAUGCACACCAGACAUAAUCGCUGCUUUAUUCCCUUGCCUGGCAUUGUGUUACCUUCAUGGAAUUUUCUCUGUACGGAUAUGUCUCCAUUCAAAGCCUCCUAACAUCGGGCCAUUCAUAUACUUCAUGAGACUCUCUCCAGCCUGGACUUAAUGCACCGUAAUUCCUUCUUCAAGACUCCGCUGUCCAAGAUGUGGUUCUUCGGGGUUACCCUCUUGUGUGCCCUACUGCUGCCUGUCGCAGCCGGACACAGUUUGUUCACGUGUGAACCCAUCAUGGUGCCAAGAUGUAUGGGGAUGUCCUAUAACAUGACCUUCUUUCCAAGUCCGCUGGAGCACUAUGACCAAGCAAUCGCAGCUACUAGAAUGGAGCCCUUUUUCCCGCUCAUGAAUCUCCAGUGUUCUCCAGACGUGAGCAAAUUUCUGUGUAUGGCUUUCGUUCCGGAAUGUACAGAACCCAAGCACGUUGUGUUGCCCUGCAGAGCGAUGUGCGAGACCGUGUACUCCGACUGCAAGAAUCUAAUUGACACCUUUGACAUUGCCUGGCCUUCACAGUUAGAGUGUGACAAGCUAGAAGACUGUACAGUACCAAGGACACUUGACAAGGAACAAAGCACCAAUAUACCAGCUGGGGAAAUACAAAAAGACUAUGGGUUUUGGUGCCCACGACAAUUGAAGACCUUCCAAGUGACUGGCUACAAGUUUUUGGGGGUCAAUCACUGCGCACCACCUUGCCCUAACAUGUACUUUAGUAAAGAAGACUUAGACUUUGCCAAAAACUUCAUUGGUAUUAUCUCGAUCAUUUGUCUAUGUGCCACACUCUUCACGUUCCUCACGUUUCUGAUCGAUGUGAAAAGGUUCCGAUAUCCAGAGAGGCCGAUCAUUUUCUACUCCGUCUGUUACAGCAUUGUAUCACUCAUAUACUUCAUCGGGUUCGCUAUGGGAAACUCUGUCUCCUGCAAUGAGGCACAUGAAGACUUUGCAGACGCCGACACUGUAGUCCUUGGGUCCCAGAACAAAGCCUGUACAGUCAUCUUUAUGGUCCUGUAUUUCUGCACUAUGGCUGGGACCAUAUGGUGGGUCAUGCUCACCAUAACAUGGUAUUUGGCAGCUGGUCAGAAAUGGAGUUGUGAGGCUAUAGAGCAGAAGGCCAUGUGGUUUCACACAGUAGCUUGGGGUAUCCCUGGGAUCCUCACAAUCAUACUAUUGGCCAUGAACAAGGUGGAAGGAGACAAUAUCAGUGGCGUCUGUUUUGUUGGACUCUACGACCAAAAUGUGUCCAUGUAUUUUGUGCUCUUACCUCUGUGUUUCAGCGUCUUCAUUGGACUUUCUCUUCUUCUUGCUGGGAUCAUAUCUUUGAACAAUGUACGGCAAGUGAUACAACAUGAUGAGAGGAACCAAGAGAAGUUGAAAAAGUUCAUGAUCCGCAUUGGUGUAUUCAGUGGCACUUACCUUGUUCCUCUGGGAAUAUUAUUGUGCUGUAACGUGUAUGAACUCUUGUCUAGGUCUACUUGGGAAAUGACUUGGGUUGCAGACCACUGCCAGGAGUACCAUAUUCCAUGUCCGUAUCAGCCAAAGAAUUUGUCCAGACCAGAUCUUGGUUUGUUUCUAACCAAAUAUGUGAUGACUCUAAUCGUCGGCAUCUCGGCCAUUUUCUGGGUUGGAAGCAAAAAAACCUGCUCUGAGUGGGCCAACUUUUUUCACCGAAACCAAAAACAAGACCCAGUUGCCGAGAGCCGAAGAGUCUUGCAUGAGUCUUGUGAAUACUUCACCAAACACAACUCUAAGCCAAAGCACAAGAAGCAUCAUAGAUCCAGUUCUCACAAGCUAAAGGUUCUCUCCAAGUCUAUGGGAACAAGCACUUCUGCUAAAGCAAACCAUGGAGUGUCUGCAAUGACCAUCACCAGCCAUGAUUUUCUAGACAAAGAGACAGUAGUGGACCUUCAGAGUACAAGGGCCCAGUCACCAAAUGAAGACCAAGAGUCGGCAAGUAGUAUCCAGAAAACAAGAACAGAGGCUCCGGCAGAGGUCACUACACAAACGCUGCUGGAUAACUCUGAGCUUCCUGUACAACAUAUGGAGCAGAACAACCACCUCAGUGUGGGGAAAGGGAAUGGCGUGACUGGGAGUAUACCGAAAAAGAUUGAGGGCAGUUUGCUCAUUGAAAACCACUUGAGUGAUCCAGCCCUGUAUCCUGACAGUGGUUCUCCACCGAGUAUGAGUCCGACCAAUGCACAUGCCCUGUUACUCAUCAACGAAGAAAGAGAACCUGGAAACGGCACAGAGACUGCAUGAGAAAUCUGACCAAAAUGGAUUGUUGUUGGAUUUUUUUGUUUCAAAAUACAUUGGGGGAGAUUUAUCAAAUCCUGUCCAGAGAAAAAAUUGCUGAGUUGCCCGUAGCAACCAAUCAGAUCACUUCUUUCAUUUUUAACAAGGCCUCUGCAAAAUGAAAGAAGCGAUCUGAUUGGUUGCUAUGGGCAACUCAGCAACUUUUCCUUUGCACAGGUUUUGAUAAAUCUCCCCCAUUGAGCUGACGCCCAACCCUGACCUUCAUGGAAGUUUUGCACUUAUACAAUGUAAAGCAUUUAAAGUAUACCCGGUAUCCUACAACAAGGGAGAAGGACAAUGCAUGGACAGUACCUGUGGGUUUGACAACACGGCCAUGGCUCUAAAUACUGACUUAUCUUACAAAAUGGCUGAUCCCAGGAUACCCCUUGUUUUGUUGCUUUUAUACUGUUACAUUUUGUAAUGUACAUAUAUGUGUCUGUAUGGAUUACCUUAACACAUUUUACACCAUUUUUUGUAAACAAUAAGGUAAAUCCAUUAUCACUGUUAGAGCAAUGAUUGUAUAUACUGUAGGUAGGUUGCUUCUAUAUAUUAGUCAUAACACUGACUGAAAAAUACCUAGCAAAGAAUAGGCUUACUGCCGCUGUCUACUGGUCAUCCACUGGUUAUGUUACAUCCUGCUGGUUAUUAUGGUAGUUUUACACUGGAAAUUAUUUAAAGAGAAAAAUAAAACUCCUAAUUUUCAUAAAAUGUCUAUAUAUUUUUAUGUUAAAGGGGUAUUCCAGGAAUUUGCUAUGCUACAGGGGCUGUAAAGUUGGUGUAGUUCAUAAUAUAGUGUCUGUACCUGUGUGAUGGUUUUCUCCCAAUUUUUAUGUGAUUUU